AUGAGUUCUGUCAUACAAAAGAUAAAGAGGAACAAGAGCAACGCUCGUGAUUUUCAGAUCACAGCAUCAGUAAACCUGCUGACCAUCGAAUGUCAGCCAGAUAAAUGGUAAGCGACAAAAAAAGAAAAAAAGUGAUAGAAAAAAUAACAGCGAAGAGGCAUGCAUCGCGUAGGAUGGGUUAAAAUUUUCAGUUCUACAACCCUUCUCAUUGUCAUUUGAAAUUUCUUUCGCUUUUUAAAAAAGUUAUGUACUAAUUAUUAGAAACUUCAAAAAUAAGAACAGGCGGUAUAAUCUCUAUUUAUUUCCUUUCAAAAACACAUACCAAAAUGGCACCAGGGAGGGGGUCUGAGGGUGCGGAAUUUAUCACUUGUUCCCAGGAAAUCGAGAAAAAUGGCCGCCAAAAUGUGCAUGAGAGAUUUGAAAUUAUAUUCCAAACUUACAUGUACUGGAAGUUUGUUUUUACACAGACAUACUGCACCAACUGCUGGGUGAUGUUUAUUAUAGUUUAGUUUACGUAUGUCUGUUUUGCCAUAGAAAACACUGACGAAAACUAGUAACUAAGCAAAGUUUUAAACUUUUUGUUGUUUUUGCUGUUGUUUUCAGAGAACCGGUUUAAAUCUUUAUACACCUUCGCUUUUCUUCGCUUUUUUCCCCAGGCAUCCUAACAAGCUCAUCAUUCUGUGGGGCCAACAAAACAAAAGUUGUCAAACUAAGGUAAGAUAACUUAUUUUCUUGUUUUAAAUUUUUGACUUGAUAUGAUUUUUCGCUCCAGCGAAACUUCGUUGAACUACAACUGUGUGGAACUGUGGGAUGAAAAGAUUUAACUUUUCAUUUUUGUUUAGCCGGUUCCAUGGCAGCCAGGAUUUGUCUAUCCAUACCGUGGCACUCAUGUGUGGCCAGAACCGGAUCCGGUGAAAAACACUUUCAAAGUGUUUAAGGUAAAGAGUUAUUUAUCAUAAUAGAUGGCAAAAACUAUAGAAAUGUUACUACAGGCUGCUUGUAAUUUCUUUCAAAACGUAAACGUACCGGUAUUUCACUUUAUGCACUAACGACCGUGUGUUUAUGCAGACAUUAUCUAUGAAAUCUAAGUAUUUUUUCUCUUACGUAGAACACAAAACGAGCUGGUAAUUAUUACGAAGACCGCCCCUGGAAGAUUGUUGUCAAAAAUGUAAGUUCGCCUUUUACUUUAAAUCAUAAAAGAUGACUUAUAGGUGCGGUCACACUAGAGGUCUUCUCCAAGGUUUCUACAGGCAAAUAACUUGGGUUAGAUGGACUGGUUCUCUCUGGAUUUGAUCAUUUACAUGCUUGCGGUCUGCCCAAGUGGAAGAAAAAAUUUGGACCUGGUUUCGCCAGAAACGUCGUCGUAUUAGACAUUGAAGUUUUGACCAUUUAUACCCUUCUUGAUAAAAAAGUUGAGACGUCGACCUCAUUCGCGCUUAAAAGGAAAGCAAAUACUCGCUAAGAAGUCAUGAAAGUACGGUUUUUUUACUAAAAUGCAUUUUUUACUAGAUAUAACUCCCUUAUUAACUAUAUUUGUUACUAUUGUUUUGACCAUUUUUCUCUGUUUUACGUGCAGGAGUGUAAAGAUGGUAGGCGCCAGCUUAUUGCUACUGGCUGCAUUGACCUAGCGGAUUAUAUCAGCCAGACAAACAAAACAUUUUACAUGACUGUCACAUUAAAACCAGCAAUGAAGAAUGUUCUAUCAGGAACAAUCGACUUCAAUUUAACCGUAACACCAUGGUGAGUAUUGUGUAAUACAUGUUGUGUUUAGUAACUUUCAAAAUGUCCUCCUCCUGUAUCUUCUACUUUUUUGAAGAGGCAUAAACUAUUAAAGAGAGUCGAUGAAACAAAGGUGAGGCUCGCUGUGAGUAUUUUUGAGUGAUGGAAGAUGCCUUCAGAUUAAACUGGGUUGUCGAGAACUCGCGUUCGGCUGUCAAAAACGAAGAUCAAACCAGAAAAACGCCAUCUACGCAACAAAGUUUUGAAAUCUAGCUUUUGGACGCAAUCUCUUAUCGCGACAGUAUCAUCUUUAUUUUCCUAGGUCAGCAUUUGCACCAGAAUUUCAACUGUCACUAAAAUUCCACAGCCCAAAAGCCCUUCCAAAGAGUCAGACUUAACCUACUCAACCUACUUUUGAAAUGACUCCUGGGUUCAAACCUUUCACAGUUUCACAGUUUCACGGUCAGACUUAAGUAAUCCAUAUUAGGCUCUAAAUAAGUGCGUGAGACUGAAAAAUAUUUUCUGAAUAAUAACUUGAAUUUAACUUAAGGGUUCACUUUAAUGUUGCUUACUAGAAAUUAAUGUGUAGCGCUGCAGUCAGGAAGGAUCGAUGGAAAUCAUCAGCAUCAAUAAUGUGCACAAGUUUGAAGCCAUCCUUAAAAACCUCCUCGAUCGGCCUGUGAAGUGCCAACUAAAACGAUUCACCCAAUGUUAUCACUUGCUAGAUUUGUUGCAGUUUUUUGUUAUUUCGUUUGAUUUUCUUUUUUUGCCCCCGAAACCU